CUGCACAAUAAUAGUUGUAUACAGAUAAGGGAUUGUGGGAAGUAUUAGAGGUUUUCGGCGGGUUUUGUUAAAAUGGCGCUGUUGCUAAGGGUAGCGGGAACGGUGACAGUUAGUAGUUGAGAGCUCUGACAGGGGAGGAGCAGGUGGGCGGCCCGGUGGUGACUGGUCCCAUUCAGAAUGGCGAACCCUGAUCAGAAGUCUCCGAACGUCCUGCUGCAGAACCUGUGCUGUCGGAUACUGGGAAAGGGUGAAGCUGAUGUGGCCCAGCAGUUUCAAUAUGCGGUGAGAGUGAUUGGGAGUAAUUUUGCGCCAACUGUUGAAAGAGAUGAAUUUCUUGUUGCUGAAAAAAUCAAGAAAGAAUUUGUGAAACAGAGGAGAGAAGCCGAUGGUGCUCUGUUUUCUGAACUUCACAGAAAGCUUCAGUCACAGGGUGUCCUGAAGAAUAGAUGGUCUAUACUCUACCUCUUGCUUAGCCUCAGUGAAGAGCCUCGAAAACUGCCAAACAAGGUAUCUAGCUAUGCGUCACUCUUUGCCCAGGCUUUGCCUCGUGAUGCCCAUUCUACACCAUAUUACUACGCCAGGCCACAAACGCUUUCUCUCAACUACCAGGAUCGUAAUUUGCAGCCUGCACAGAGUUCUAAUAACAUGGGCAGUAGUGGAAUCGGGAGUAUUGGCAUGUAUACUCUAAACGGGCCUACUCCUACACCACAGUCCCUUGUUCAAGGGCAGACCUAUCAAACCCCAGGCAUGGGGGAUUCUCUUCGUCAACAGUUGGGGUCACGUCUUGCAUGGACUUUAGCAGCUGGCCAGCAACCAUUAACGAACACUACCUCCAAAGGCCUUUCUAAUGCUAUGUCUCGAGGUGUGGCCAGAACUAGAAGAGAAGGAGACACAAGUGGAUCUCUCGAAAUAACAGAGCCAUUUCUUGUAAGAGAUAUCUUGUAUGUUUUCCAGGGAAUUGAUGGGAAAUGCAUAAAAAUGUGUAGCUCUGAUAAUUGCUACAAAGUAGACAGCAAGUUACAGGUUGAAGAUGACCAAGGUGUAAAUUUGGGUCUGGAUAGCAAUUUAACACUUAGACGUCUCUUAGUUUGGACAUACGAUCCUAAAAUUAGACUAAAAACACUUGCAGCACUUGUGGACCAUUGUCAAGGAAGAAAAGGUGGAGAACUGGCCUCAGCGGUACAUGCAUACACCAAAACAGGAGAUCCAUACAUGCGUUCACUGGUGCAGCACAUUCUUGGUUUGGUCUCACAUCCGAUACUUAAUUUUCUUUAUCGCUGGAUAUAUGAUGGAGAGUUAGAAGACACUUACCAUGAGUUUUUUGUAGCUUCUGAUCCUACAGUGAAAACGGACAGACUAUGGCAUGACAAGUAUAGCCUUCGAAAAUCUAUGAUCCCUUCAUUUAUUACUAUGGAUCAGUCUAAAAAGGUUCUCCUGAUUGGCAAGUCUAUAAAUUUUUUACAUCAAGUAUGCCAUGAUCAAACUCCAACUGCCAAGAUGAUGGCUGUGGCCAAUGCAACAGAAUCUACAAAAGAUGCAGCAGACUUGUUCACAGAUUUGGAAAAUGCCUUCCAAGGGAAAAUAGACGCUGCAUAUUACGAGACCAGCAAAUACCUGUUAGAUGUCCUUAACAAGAAUUAUAAUCUGCUUGAGCACAUGCAGGCCAUGAGGCGAUAUCUCUUGUUGGGACAGGGGGACUUCAUACGUCACCUAAUGGAUUUGCUCAAACCAGAACUUGUUCGUCCUGCAACUACUUUAUACCAACAUAAUCUGACUGGGAUUCUUGAGACAGCUGUGAGAGCAACAAAUGCCCAGUUUGACAAUCCUGAAAUUCUCAAGCGUCUGGAUGUCAGGCUUUUAGAGGUAUUUACCAGAGAGUGUAUGAGCCACUACCUCAGGGUAUUUAACUUUCUAUGGCGAGCAAAACGCAUGGAAUACAUUCUAACUGACAUUUGGAAAGGUCAUAUGUGUAAUACAAAGCUGCUGAAAAGUAUGCCAGAACUCUCUGGGGUGCUUCAUCAGUGUCACAUCCUUGCUUCAGAAAUGGUGCAUUUCAUUCAUCAGAUGCAGUAUUACAUCACAUUUGAGGUGCUUGAGUGUUCCUGGGAUGAACUCUGGAAUAAAGUUCAGCAAGCGCAGGACCUCGAUCACAUCAUUGCAGCUCAUGAGGUUUUCCUAGACACUAUAAUUUCUCGCUGUCUUCUGGAUACAGAGUCACGGGCCCUUCUAAAUCAGUUGCGAGCAGUUUUUGAUCAGAUAAUUGAGUUUCAGAAUGCACAAGAUGCUAUGUACAGAUCUGCUCUUGAGGAGUUGCAACGAAGAUUAGAAUUUGAAGAGAGAAAAAAACAGCGCGAGGCAGAGGGACAGUGGGGCAUUACAGCUGCUGAAGAGGAGGAGGAGAAGAAAAGGGUUCUAGAGUUUCAAGAAUCCAUACCAAAAAUGCGAUCUCAACUAAGAAUACUUACUCAUUUUUAUCAGGGCAUUGUCCAACAAUUUUUAAUUCUAUUGACAACUAGCACAGAUGAAAGCCUCAGAUUUUUGAGCUUUAGGUUGGACUUCAAUGAACAUUAUAAAGCAAGAGAGCCACGGCUACGUGUGUCACUUGGAACCAGAGGGAGGAGAAGCUUACAUGUGUGAAGAAAUCAGCGCUCUGUUAAUAAAAAACUAACCAAACCAAAUAUUGUGCAGAGCUUGAGAUAUUUAUGCAGACAGCAAGUCUUUAGCAUUUCAGUGUGUGUUUGUACAGCAAAGGUAAAAAAUAAAUAUAUUGGUCUUUUUGUAAAUUAGUCCAUUUAUGAAGAAAUUAAGUGGCUCUGUUUACACUGUAAAUUUAAGUAGUGUAUAUUUUUUAUGAAUGAUACCUUUUGAUUUUGUGUUUUUUUUAAAGCUGUGUUCAGUGUAUUAUUUGCUAACUUAAUCUGCCUUCCAUAGGUUCAUGUAUUACACCUCAUUUUUUUUUUCAUUUUUUAACAAUGUAGAUUAUUACACCAGUUACACUUUCUUGUUAAGCCAUACCAUUAUAAACCUUUCUUUUUUUAAAAUGUUUGUCAUCUAUCUUUUUUUCAAAAUCAUGUAUACAGUAUCUAAACCCUAAAUCACAUAUUGGAUCUUAUGACAAUAUAUUAAUUUCAUAUUCUAAAGAAUAUGUAGAUAGUUUACAUGUCUUGGGAGACAAUUGACUUAAGUAAUAAAGCUUAUUUAUGUGCUUCAUUGUAAAUAUUUAUAUAUUGCUAUUCAGAAACAAUGGUAUAUAUCCUUUGCGGUUUUUAUUAUAUAAAAUUGUCAUGUCACCACAAUGAAGCCUACAUUUAUUAUGUUUACUAAAUAAAAACACAGCUAUCUUUUC